AUGGCAAAGCCUUUUCUACUCUCACUUUCACUAUGCUUUCUAUUCUUCACCAGUUCCUGCUUCGCUCUGUUCCACAAGCUCAACGAGUGCCAGCUCGACAAAAUCAAUGCAUUGGAACCUGAUAACCGUGUCGAAUCCGAAGGUGGUUCCAUCGAAACAUGGAGUUCCAAGCACCGUGAGCUACAAUGCGCUGGUGUCGUUGUUGUAAAACGCACUCUCAACCCUAGAGGCCUUCACUUGCCAUCAUACACACCUGCUCCACAAUUAGUUUUGAUCGCCGAAGGGGAAGGAGCAAUUGGAAUUACAAUACCAGGUUGUAGUGAGACAUAUGAAGAGGCACAUUCACAAUCUGGACAAGGACGAAGGAAAAUACAACUGGACAGACACCAGAAGAUUCGUCACUUCAAACAAGGUGACAUCAUCGCAAUUCCACCUGGCAUUCCUUACUGGUCUUAUAACUACGGUGAUCGACGUGUUGUUGCCAUUGCUCUUAUUGACACCAACAACUUCGCUAACCAGCUUGACGCUAUCCCUAGAGUGUUUUAUCUUGCUGGGAAUCCGGAUACACAGCUUCCAGGGACACAAGGUAAACAACAAGGGAAGGAGCAGGAAGAGGAGGAUGAAGGUGGAAACGUGCUUAGCGGAUUCCCCAAACGCUUUUUAGCACAAGCGUUGAGUGUGGAAGAGGAGAUAGCAGAUAAACUUCAAUCUCCAGAUGAAGAAAAGAAGCAAAUUGUGAAAGUGAGGGAAGGUCUUAGCGUUGUAAGCCCUACCUGGAAAGAAGGCCAGGAGGAAGAAGAGGAAGAAGAGGAGGGGGAGGAGGAUGAACCACGCUCCAGAAAGCAUCGACGUCCAAGAGGUGGACAAGAGGAGGAAGAGGUGGAGGAGGAGGAGCGAGAAACUGUAACUAGAGAGCACAGGCAGCGGCGGCGGCCAAGAAAGGAGGAGGAGGAAGAGGAAGAGGAACAACAAGAACAAGGAGGCAGGGGAAAAGGAAAGGGAAAGGGAAAGGGAAAUUCAAAUGGGUUGGAAGAAAGUAUAUGCACAUUGAAGCUUGUGGAGAACAUUGCAAGGCCUUCACGGGCAGAUCUCUACAACCCAAGGGCCGGUCGCAUCAGCACCCUCGAUAGCCUCACCCUCCCCGUCCUCCGCUUCCUCCGACUCAGUGCACAGUAUGUUGUCCUCUACAAGAAUGGCAUAUAUGCUCCACAUUGGAACAUCAAUGCGAACGGCGUGAUGUACGUGACAAGAGGGAGUGGAAAGGUUAGGGUGGUGAACUGCCUAGGAAACUCGGUUUUCAACGGUGUCCUGAAGAGGGGACAGUUGCUAGUGGUGCCACAGAACUUCUUGGUGUCCCAACAAGCAGAAGAAGAAGGAUUUGAGUACGUUGUUUUCAAAACAAACGACAGAGCGACCAGCAGCCACGUGAAGCAGGUGUUUAGGAGCAUCCCUGCGGAGGUUCUUGCCAAUGCUUUCGGACUUCAACAAUCUCAGGUGAGUCAGCUUAAGUUCAACGGAAACCGAGGCCCUUUGGUCCAUCCUGGUUCUCAGCCUCGAUCAAUCCCAAGAUCGCUUCCUUACUAAAGUGGCAUCAACUACACAAUAUGCUACCUUCAAAUAAUGAAA